GCAGAAUAUUUGACUACGAUCGUGUCGAGAAGAGUGUGGUACGAAGGUAUAACGGACAAUUGACACAGGUGAACAUUGGCACGAUCGAUAAGUUGCCGUGAAUGAUUUGAAAGUGUCAGUGAGCUUGAUCAGAGUUGCCUUGAAGUUACAUGAAAUCUUCCUUGUGUGUCAUAUAAGGUAUCGAGCUAGAAAUAAGGAAAAAGAAAAAGACGAAAGAUGAGGAGGAAGAGUGCGUGGUACGACACUGGUGCGUGCAAAGAAGAGAGAGAAAAAGGUAUCUAAAGCGAAAGAUAGAAGGAGUAAGGGAGAAAGCGGCUGGUUCGAGGCCGAAAGACCGAACGCGAAACAGAGUGAUGCCGUCAACGGGUCACGCACGAGAACGGAUCCGCUCUCCCGUCCUCGUACUCCGUCCACGCAUGCUAUGUACUCGUUUUUACGAGUAGAAACCUUUUCGAGGAGAGGACUUGGACACUGUGCGUCUGCAUUCGAAUAAGUCGUGACCGAUUGACGCGUACGUGCCGCUCUCCGUACCGCUCUUCGUACGACGGCCAUCUUGGAUUUACUAAGUGUCGCAUCGAACACCCGCGAAUAUCAAUUUCUCGUCGUCGUAGUCGUCUCUUUUUCAAGUGAAUGGAAGGAGGUCGAGCGGUGUGAAAAAAGGAAAGCGUAGAUAAAAAAAAGGUGUUGGAAGGAACGCACAGGAAAUAUAACAUCUUGAUAUAGACGUACAGUUUCGUUACGUUAAGAUGCGAAAUUAAUUUCGUUUGUUAAAGGAAAACGAACGGACAGCUUAGGUUUAACCAGGUAAAUGAUGAAAGUAGAGUGAACAUUAUUUGAUUUAGUCAAAAGUGAGAUAAAAAUUAAGUUAGAUGUAGAAAGAGUGUUUCAAUUAACCUCGAAGAUAUGUCCUUAAUGUAAACUACAAAAUGAGUGAAGUGUUGGAACGGAAGAUCAAGUGCAAGGGAAAGUACAAGAGUUGGAAGCACGCUUGACGGAAUGGAUGAUAUCGUUUUUGUCAUUCCCGGUGCGCGUACAGUACGCGCGUGAAAAAAACAUUUCAAGCUCUCCUUAUUCUUCUUACACUUUCGAUACGUCCAAUUGUGUCGUCGUCGUUGUCGUCAACGAAUCAGGGAACGGACUGUUCUAAAAGCACGCGUUCGUAAGUCGAUGAUACAAGAACUACGACGUGUCGACGUUCAGCGAAUAAAGCGUUAGUCAAUCUUAUAACGUGAAAAUAUUCGUGCUUGUUUCGCUGUCAUUGUCACAUUUUCAAAAUAUAUCACAACAAAGUUACUAUAUUUGAAGAAUCGUAUGAAACUAUUAUCGUAAGCGAUACUUCGUUAAACAUUUUUCAUUAGAAUCGUUAUUGAUGUUCCUCUUGCUAUUAUUCUAACGCCUAAAACGUUCCAAAAGACAUCUUGCGAAGAAUGACAAGGAGACUAUGAGCACGGCGGACACGGUCCUGUCAAUCAACGUCAAGAUGUCCCCAGGGCCGGACCAUCGUCAGGAACCGGUUGCACCUGACAAAAGCAACACUGAUAACAGUCGAACAGAAAUCGGCAACGAUUCGGCUACCGAAAGUACUAUACUCGGUACGCCAGAGGCCUUGGUAGUUCAGAGUAUUAAUCUCGAAGCAACUAGCAACCCGCGUAUCGAUACAAUUUCUGAGCCUACAAACGGUCAAGGUACAACACCUAACAGCGGCUCUGACAAUAAAAAGGGAAAACCAACUCUCCUUACUUUAGAUGAUGAUGGAUUGCGUGCACUACUGAACGAAGCUAUAACUUAUAAAUGUCCUAAAGAUCGUGAAGGAAAAUCUAACUUAUUUAAGGAACUCUUACAAGAAGCUGAAGCUGAUGAGACCGAAGAAGGUCGUAGGGUAGUGACUAAUUCACGGUGUCUCCCUGGUUCUACUCGUAGAAGGCAUAAACGAGAUUCUGUAUCAGAACGUCACAGACACGGUGGUUCUUUGCAGAAUUUAGCACAACCUAUUGCAUCAGAGUUUGAUAGUAGCUUUGCUUAUCUAACAUCUGGUUCUAGUCACACUUACGGAAGUGGCAAAAAAAAGAAUAAGAAAUACACAGGUCCUAGUGUUUCUGCUAGGGAAAGAGAAGGUGGAUCUCUACCAUCUAAUGUUAAUGCAUCCCACAGUCUUGCUUCUUUGGCCAAUCUUGAUCUCAUAUUUGACAACAAGAAGGGCUUUUCUGAAGAAAGAACAACAUAUGAUUGGACUAAUAAGGAGAAGUCAAAAUCUUUAGACAAAUCAUCGAGUGUUUCAUCAAAAAAAGAAGACAAAGAAAAAGACAAAAAAGAUAAUAAAAGGGAUAGCGUAAGUGGAUUUUACGAAUCCGAAAGUGAACAACGCGAGAAGAAAAGCAGUAAAGGAAAAUACGGGACAAAUGAGAUGCUUGAAUCAGAUAAUCCACCACCAGAGUAUAAAUCUGAUUACACUGUUAUUGAUUUAAGUUAUGUUGAGGUAGGUGCUCUUAGCGAAAGGAAUGUUGGAUCUACAACAAGUGGGGUACAGCAAAGACCUCACUCAUUAGACGCUGAAGAUGAGGGAAUUGAAAUGAAAAUUAUUGAGCCACGUAGACAAUUUAUAGCACGUGCUACUGUUGAUAUAGCUCAGACUCCUGUAGAUACCACGAUAAAAUUUCCGAUUUGUGACCAUAACAGCAAACAGGAUAAAUCAAAAAUAUCAGUUAGUGCUGAGGUGACGGGAGCUUUUCCAUUUCAAACUUAUAAUAGUGCGAAAUGUGUUAUUGGUGGUUCAGGAAACAGUACUAACAAUAAUCAAGGAAAAGGAAUCUCAAGUUUAUGUUCCAUGAUGCCAGCUUCAUGGCAGAUUCAAAAUAAUGCAUUAGAACUUCCAAGAUGUACAACACAGUAUGCCAUAAUGAAAGAUGCAACUUCUUCUGCGGAAAAGAAAUCUCUUGAUGAAAAUGGUAAUGCUGUACAAAAUUAUAAUGCAGAACGAAAGAAACGCGGAAAGAAGCAUACACAGGAACCUAAUGUUAUUGUUUAUACCGCUGAAAGCGUUGUAGGACAUCGUAAUGAGGACGAUAUUGAUAGUUUACUUAACUUCAUCGAAAGCAAAGAAUCUAAAGGUAAAAAGAACAAAACUGGUAAUCCUGUUAGAGUGAAAUCUAGUUCUGGAACAAAACCGAGGACAAGAGAAAAGGAUUCUAAAAGAGAACAAUUAUCAACUAAGUUACAAAAAUCAAAUUCUUUAGAGGAAAUAUCAAAAACAAAACUUGAGGACCUUACCGCAGAACAAAGCAAUUGUUCUAGUGGCGAUAGCAGUAUUUCCAGUCAGCAUAGUAGUACAAUUAAUGUGGCAUUACGUCGUGCGAAACAAAGAAGUACAGGAGAUGCGGCUGUAGAUUGCCGUGGUGACAGACGUUCUUGGGGAACGGAGGAGGGUCAGUCUAUAUAUUGCAAUGAUACUGGAGACGAUUAUACUAGCCGUCGAAACUCUAACAAAAAAGUUAAUCCAGAACCAGAACAGGAGCCCGAGUUUUUAAUAGUUACUAAAAAGAAGAAGACUAAAAAACAACGUAGAAGUUCCAGUGGUAGUAGAGCGCAAAACUUAUCAACAACUGGAUCAUAUUUACAAAAUCCAAGAGAAUUUUCGAACGAGUAUAGAGCACCGUUGUCGCCAGAGCUCAGAAGAAAAUCUACUAGCAGUAUGCCGCCAAGCGAUAAAUCUGAUAGCAGCGACUUGGAUUCGGUCCAUUCGUUACCCGUUACAUCAAAUACCUCGAAACAUAAUCUAUCAAAAACAGCAACCUCUUCGGGAGGAACACCACAAGCAAGUUACGCAGAUAUAGCUCGGAUGGCUACUAUGAAUAUGUCACAUAAUUCAGUUUUAAAUAUGCCAAUAGUUCCAAGUAUGUUAAAUACGUCAUCUUGGCCAAGAGUUUCAUCUAAAACCCCCUCAGAACCAGAUAAAUUACCUCAAGAUUAUUAUCCAAGUUUGGAUGAAUUACAACACUCCGAUAGGAAACCAAAACAACAUGGUUUUGCACAUUCAAAUCAUGUUCACAAUGUUGGUCUUACUUUUGAAAAACCACCGUCUCCAACUUUGUCAAAGAUUAAGAAUUCGUCAGAUCGAAAGAAGGCAGAAGCACAAGAAGAGGCAAUUAAUAAGAAUAUGCAAGUUUUCAAAUAUUUCCAGGAUAUAGAAAAAAUGCAGCAAAGUUUGACGCAACAGGAACAAAAACAUAUGAACAUGAUUAACUGUAAUCCACAUUCGAAUGAGACAACACCAAAUGCAAUUCAAUCUAAAUUAAAUAAUACUACUAAUAAUUCAUUCGACUCUGAAAAUAACAAUCCUAGUUAUUCUAAUAACAAUAAAGAUAUUGUUGCGAAUACAAAAAUAAAUAAUCCACGAAAUAGAAGAAGUUAUUCGCAAAGUAAUCAAAAUAUACAAAGUCAACAAGAAGAAUUACAUUAUAGGAAAACUGGAUAUCAAGAUGAAAAUGUCAAGAAGAUACAUAACACAGAUAGUCCUGUUGUAUAUUGUGAAACCAAAGCUAAUGUUAUAGGAUCGAUAAUAGAUGAUAAUGAGGCUCCAAAACUUAAAGGAUUGAAUAAUAAUCCAAAGCCGACACAUGAAGCACAGAAUGCUGAUGUAGACUCUGUUAAAAUACAGAUGAAGGUAGACAAAAUGGUGAAAAUUGCGAAAGAGCAAUCUGGAAAAUCUGGAGUUGUAUUAUCUCAUAAUAUAAAGCAAGAUAAUCAAGAAGAUAAUGAAAAUAAAAAAUCAAAGUCAUUAAUGUCUACUGAAAAUGAUAAAGUACAGAAAUCCGUAGAAAUACAAGGAUCUAAAAAGAAGAACAAUACUUCUUCCAGACCUGCAGUUAUCUUGUUGGAUGAGACAUCUGACUUUCUGAAAGGCAGUGAUUUACCAACAGAGUUAACAUUUGGGUUUGAGAUUAAUGAACUUUUACUCUCGGAAGAUUCUGUAGAGACUCCACCAGCAAAUCCUACAUUUCCUUCUUUGGUUCAACCACUUCUUAAUAAACCACCUCCAAAUUUUGAUAGACCACCUGCUAUCUACGAUAAACAUGUGAGAUAUGAUAAAUUUCCUCCAAAUUUUCAUAUGCAAUCGCCUAACAGUCAUGUGGCCCAACAACCAGUACAUUCUGUUAUGGUUCCAUCUUUAACAUAUAUUGGAUAUCCAACAAGGUUUCCACCAGCAAUGUAUUCUCCACCAACACCACCUCCACCUCCUGGAAUUAUAGAAAAAUACAAUCAUCAACCAAAGGAAGAUUUUGCAAUGCUAUAUGUAGCACCUGAAGAAGAUGUGAAUAUACAGAAUUAUAAUCACGAUAAAAUUGUCUCGUUUGUUGGAUUGGCGUGGGAUGCUGUUAUGAGAGAGACAGCAGAAACAGGCAGAAUACAAUAUUACAGUGGACAGUGAAAUGGACUCAAUUCUACAAACAAAAAUAUACUAUAUACAGUUUGAUAUGAGUGAACUAUUAUCUACAUAUUAUUACAUUCGGAAAAGCUAUUUAACUUAAAUAUCAGAUAACAUAUUUGAAAAGGUUGAUGUAAUGGAUAGAAAUACUUAUAACAUUUUAUCAAGAUUUUGAUAAAACACAUCAACUGUUGUCUGAAGCUGGAUUUCAUUAUUAAUGUUAUACCAGGAUAGCCGAAUGGCGCAGUGUGCCUCAAGAGAUAAUAAUGUAAAUAGGUCAGUUACCAAAAAAAAAUGGAGACUGGAAAGGAUACAUUUUUCAUCUAUGUACAUAGAUUAUGCUUACGCAAUUUUUGCAAAAACCAUAGCAACAUAAUAUUAAUAGCAGCAUAAUAAUAUUCAUUCAUAACACCAUCUUUAACGGGAAAUAAAGAAUGAAUAUAAUAAGAAAUGUGUAUGUUGCUCCUCUCUCACCAAAAGAAGGUAAUUAUUGCAUUACUUAAGCCAUAUACACAUAUACUACGGUUGUGCAUAUGGUUUAGAGAAGUAUCCUUGGGGCACCAUCUAAUAAACGUAUGGCUUUAAGAAUUGCAUAAGAAUAUAUUAAUGGAUUUAAGACGAUUCCAAAUGAUAUUGCAAUUAAGCCAGUUUAAGAUGCUUACAUUGCAAGAACUGUUUAAUGCUGAUGCCUUUAAAAAUUACAGAUUCGUCAUUUUAGUGCACCAUAUAUAAAAACCCAAUGGGUAGUUUAUAAAUAGUAUGUUGCAUUAACUAUGUACAUCGAACUGUUAUCAGGCAAUCUAUCAAUGUCUUAAUAUCUUGCGAGCUGGAAUGACCUAUUUGUAUAUGAAUUCAGAGUGAUUGAAGUGAUUAGUGAAUUUUCAUCGAAGUCCUAAGAGUAAAAAAUGAAAAAAUAGUGAAAAGCUUAAAAGUAUAUAUACUUUAUUUGAGAGACAGCAUCAUGAAAAGUAAAGAACACUGUGCAAAGUGUAUUAGGAAAAAGUAAAAAUAAGUGCUGAGAGACAUUAAAGCAUAUGUGUAACAUAUUAAAACAGUGUAAUUAACUUGAUAUGGAACAAUUUUCUCCGUGAAAUGGUUACUUCUUCCAGCUGUGGUAAACGAUAAUUUAAGAAAGUAUCAUAUAAAUUGGUUUUUGAAAAUGUUGCGCUCCAAACUCGAACUGAUUCUUCACACAGUGAUACCGAGAGUGCGAAUGUGUCAAAACUCACUAAAUUUUUACACAGACUCGCUUAUUUAAUAAAUAACUAAUUAUUAAUUAUCGAUAAUGAUAAUAAUAAUAAAAUUCUUGCUUGUGAUGAUCUAAAUUGAGAGUGUGAAUGUAUGCAGUUUACCUAGGUAAUCAUUUAUUUUAUUAGUAGAUUUCAUUAGUGAGAUUGCUGUACACACUUGUGUGAUAAUUAUAUAUGAAAUUUCAUUGACUUAAGCACAUUAUACAAAUUGUGCAUUAUAUUCCGAAAUUUGAGUGUGUUUCUAAUUAAGAUUAAUUAUAUAUAUAAUAUAAGUCUGAAAUAGGAAGCACUGAAUUUAGAAUGUCAUAUUUUAUAAUUUCCUUCAGAUAAUAACUUCUUGUUACGUCAAAGUAGCAAUUAUUUGAAAAAGUAAAAGAUGUGUUCCUAAAAAGAUCCAAAUAUUACAACAAAUUACUAUUUAUAUAUAUUCUUAUAUAGUAUAUAAAAACACGAUAUAUAAUGUCUCAUUUGAAAAGGAAUAAUGUUUUAUUUUCAUUUUUGCUUAUAUAAAUCUCUGGUUUCACGUAUAUAAAAAUAAUGUUUUUUAUUCAAUAUCAAAUUUGUAUAUUUUUUUUUAUAUUAUUUGUUUAUAUAAAUCCACGCGAUUAAGCUGCAUAUAGUAAACGCAUUUAUGUCAAAUGAAAAUACAUAGCUUUGCUGGUUCAACGCGGAUUUAUAGAUUUCUUGCUCAAACUCCAGAUUACACUACUAUACUUUCUUCUUUUUAAUGACAAUGGUACUUGUACUGCAGUGUUGGUAAUUUGUGAUCAUAAAUAUUUGCCAUAAUAUAAAAUAAUUUAAAAAUUUAAGUGAUCCUUUAUUAUCAAUUUCAUAUAAUCUAAAUAACAAUUUAUCUAGUAGUUUAGUUGUGACAGCAAUCUCUCCAAUUGAAUAUAGAAUUCACGGAUAAUUGUGAAAAAUAUAUCAUUAAUGGUAAUAACUAAAUAACAUAUUACCUAUACGUGUGAUAAGUUUCUUAUGGAAGCAUGAUGAAUAUCAUCUAUUUAGUAUUAAUGAAAUUCAAUCACUAUUAAGAUAUAAGAUUAAUAACUUUUGUUAUUGUUUUCUUUUUUCGUAAUAUCGAAAUUAUGUAUGAGAGUGCGAAGAAAAAGAGAAAUGAACUUUGUUGAUAUUCUUUUUCAGUUUGUUCGAUAAUAUAUAAGCCCAGCUGGGGGUGCAGCUUUGAAAACUAGCAAAGAGAGUUUAAGUAUUUAGUAUGAGAGAUAUAAAUGCAUAUUGGAUAUUAGUGUGCAAAGAAAAUAUAAUCUUUUCUAAGAGCAAAAUUAUAAUUGUGGAAGUAUAUUUAAAAUAUUGCAAAUACAGGAUUUUUAAUUUAGACAAUAAUGCAGCAAUUAAUCUUAUUGCAUAACACGUGUUGUAUAGUUGCUACAUAAGAUCAUUUGGACCAAUAUAUAUACAUAUAUAUUUCAUUUUGUUUACUCAUAAUCAAAAAAUACAAAGAAAUAAUUUACAUAAGAUAUAUUAUAUUGAUUGUUAGUUGGAUUGGUAUUCGUAUCACAUUUAUUUAUGUUUCAUUUAAAUGCUUUUAAAAAUCUACAUAUAUUUUAUAAAACGUAAAUUCCAAAUUCAUUACAUUAAUAUAAUAUUUUUAAUUAGAUCAAUUAAUAAAUUUUAAAUCCCCAAGACAUCAAAGGAGUUAAGUCAAUUGAAAAACACGUGUCUCGUUUAAGUAGGAUAAUAUUUUUUUUGACAAACUUUUAAUCCAAUAUGCAUAAAACUGUUCAAGUCAGGUGCUUCAUCGCCUUAAAAUAAAGUAAAGUAAAAUAA